UUAUUCGUUAGCCGUGUUUUCCUUUUGACUUCUACGCCUGUUAGUUACCCUACAUAAACAUUUUUUUAGUAUUUUUUUUUCUUUCCUUUUUGUACAUUAACAUUUGCAAACGUUAGAGCGUCUAGUUACCCCACUGCAAGUGAAAAAAACAAACAAAAAAAAUAACCUGUGUGCUACAGCUAACGGAACUGGUGGUAGCUACGACCGAUCGUUUAACGUUACCGUUUUGUAAAUGUUGCCCUAGUAAAUAAAUAUUCAUGGCAGACUGUUGGAACACAGACACCGGAGAAGCCGUGUAUCGGUCCCGGGAUGCUGUCAAAAACCUGAGAGUAAAGGUGCGCAUAGAGAGGGUGACCUCCACAGCAGCCCUCUCUCAGCACCUCCAGCAGCAGGUUCUGUCCCAGCAAGACAGAGGAGAAAUUGAACUAGAGACCCUCACAUCGCAAAGCCAGAAAGCAGGUGAUAAUGAGGAGGAGCUGGUGGUGGGCUGGCAGGAGAAACUGUUCAGUCAGUACGAGAUGGAGCUGUUCCAGAACGAGGCAGCGUGUCAGACCCCUCUGGACCGUCAGUACCACACAGAGGUCAAGGCCCUAAACAGAGGCAAGGGUCGACGCAAUAACAGGAUUUUCACGUACACUGAUCAUGACCGCUACACCAACUGUCUCCCUUUCCACCAACUGCAGCACUCCACUGACUUACUGACCACAACCAAAUCCAGCCCCACCUUCUUGGCUGAAAGGAUGGCCCACAUGAGACACAGACGUCAAGACCGACGCACCAUGGAUUCUAGUAUUCCUAAGUCAAAAAUCAUCAACUGGGAGCCGACAGAAGAGUUUGUGAAGAGCAGUCACGUGGUGAAUAAUGCCAUGCAGGCCAUGCACAUCAUGGGAGACCUCGGUCCCAGUGGAAGGCUGGGUCAGAAAGAGAAUGAGUGUUUGCUGGUGACCAUAAAAACAGAUGGCAAUGGAACGAUCGUCGUAAAACCUGAUUUCAAUAAGGGCAAAGAUCCCUACAGGAUUAUAAUGGAGGGGGAGAAGAGAGAAAUUUGGCGCCUUAUUGUGGAGAACGUGUCCACAACCAUGAAACCAGACGACAAAGAGCGGGAGCAGAACAUGUACAAAGACCUGUAUGUGAGGCACAAGGAGUACCUCACUAGCCUCGUUGGACAGGACUUUGAAAUGCCUCCUGCUGGUGUUUUGCGUUACCUGAUGAAUGGAGAGAUAGUCUCAGCUGAAGGCUUUGAAUAUGAUAAUUUAUACAUCCACUUCUUCAUGGAGCUGCCCAAUAAUUGGUCCAGUUUGCCUUUCCAGUCUCUGUCAGGGGUUACCCAGACCUGUCGGACCAAAACAUUAGGAACGGAAAACGUAGCUUUCUUCAGCCACCCGUUCAGCUUUGAGGCUUUUUACAUGAUUGAAAAAGAGACCGAGGAAUCGAUUCCUCAGUGGCCAGUGCUGUACUUCAAGGUUCUUUCUCUGGACUCCUGGCAACGCUAUCGCACUGAAGGUUAUGGCUAUCUGCUUUUUCCUGCCAUGCCUGGUAAACACACAAUGACUUGUCAUACGUGGAGACCCCUUCAGACCGGGACUGUCUCCGCACUGAGACGUUUCUUUAUCGGCGGCUCUCCGGAGCUCGAAGACCUCAGCUACGUCAGAAUACCAGGGACCUUCAAGGGGGAGAGGAUGAGUCGCUUCGGCUUUUGCACUGAAACCUCAGGCUGCGUCACUUUUAAUCUGCACUGCAUUCAACAAGCCAAGGCCUUUGUUGAUGCUGCCGUGAUGAAGAAGAGGAGACAGAAAGUUUUUGAUCAGCUGGGAGGAUUCAGUCAGCAAGGAGCUGUUUGCACCAUCCUGGAGGCUUUUCAGAGGGCCAGGAAAAAGAUGCAAGAGGCCAGAGAAAGUCUUCCAAGAGAUCUAGUCACCACCACUUCCCAACUCCGCAUCGAGGCUUCUACGUAGGUCUGACAACUGGAGUAGGACUAAAAAUGGACUUUGAUAGACUUUAACUUGAUAGUUUUGCUCAGAAAGAAGAAAACAAUGUUUUAAUACUUUAUUAUAUUUCUACAGAUCUAACAUUCUUGAAGCUGGGCAGAGUGAUAACUUAGUGUAAAUGUGAAUAUAAGUGGUCGUUAAUAGGAGGUAAUGCCAGGAUGCCUACGAAGUAUGGUUUUAUCUGGCAAGAAAUUGUUUGUGAAGUUACUGUUUGGCCAGAUUUGAGUGUAGAAAGUGAAGAUUGUGAAUUCAGAUGUAACAGAAAGUUAACUUUACCUUCUCUAACUUUUGUAAUUUUGUUUUUAUAUUCUCUAUUGGUGAUUUUAAAUACGACAAUCAUAUUUUCUGUAAUAUAAACUUUUUAUACUCUA